AAACAUCAUGGCAUCCCCUGCAAAAAAGCCGAAAUUUAAUUCUAAGGCAAAGAAUUACUUUAUUAAGCAGAAUCAACAGUCAAAGAAGAGCUAUUUAAAGGCUGGUGAUCAAGGCUAUUUGGUGACAUUCAAUUAUAAAGCAAAUGAGUCAGUUAGGGAAGUUUAUAGGCUAUUGAAUGAGUAUUAUAAGGAAUAUUAUGGUUCAAAACAAGAAGUUGAGGUCAAAAUAGUAGAUCCAGAUGAUGAUGAUAUUGAAGAUCAGUUAUCCAAGGCAAUAGAUGAUACAAAGCAAGAAUCAGCAAAGAAGGCAAUGUUAUUUCAAUCAGUUGAUACUGGAGCAAACGGUGUAGUCUUUAUUAAGUCUCAUAUCGAUGAAUUCUAUGAACUUGGAGAGAGAAUUAUUCGUGACUUAUUCACAACGCAACAGAAGAAGACUAAAUUUACAAACAGAAUGAUGCCGAUUUUGCGAACUUGUAGAGCCAAGAUGGAUGAUAUUAUUAAUACAUCUGGUGAGUUAUUUGACCAGCACUUUUUAAAGGAACCAAGCACCUUUGCCAUAAAUUUCAAUAAGCGAUUGAACAAUGACAUCCAGAGAGACGAUGUUAUUAAGGAACUAGCAGCACUUGUAUCACAAAAGAAUAUGCUUAAUAAGGUGAACCUAAAGGAACCAAAAAAGACUAUUUUAGUAGAAGUUAUUAAAGGAUUAUGCUGUAUAACUGUAGUUACAGAUUACAUUUUACUUAAGAAAUAUAAUCUCAACGAAUUGACCUCAAAACCUGAUAGUGUUAAGGUAGAACAAGCUGAAAAGGAACCUGAAGAAAAUGUUCAAGAUCCAGAAGAUGAGAUUAAGGAAGAAAAUUGAUAUUUCUAAAAUACGUGAGGAUUUCCUUUCUAUAAUUUUGUGUUGAAACAACUGGAAG